AGACGACAUGCGCCGUGACCUGGACAAGGAGCGAAAGCGAACCGCCGCCUUGGAGCAGCGUCUUUACGAGAUGAAUAAGACAGCAGAUUGUGACGACGUCUACAAGGCAGGCCACACCACCAGCGGUGUCUACACCAUCCAGCCAGACGCCGCCGGAGCCUCGUUUCGGGUCUACUGUGAGAUGGAAGCCGGAGUCGGCGGCUGGACUGUCCUCCAGAAGCGCUUCGACGAUUCUGUAGGUUUUGCUUAUGACUGGGAAACUUACAAAAAUGGGUUUGGGGACCUUAACGGUGAGUUUUGGCUGGGAAACGACAAGAUCUAUCAGAUCUCUAACGCCAAGGUAUACCUUUUGCGCAUUGAUCUCGAGAAUUGGUCCUCAGAAACAGUAUAUGCUGAAUAUGAUAGGUUCUAUAUCGCGGAUGAAGCGGCAAAGUACCGUCUGCAUGUUGGUACCUAUAGCGGCACUGCUGGUGAUGGUGGGUACGGGUUAAGCUAUCAUGAUGGUUGCAGGUUUUCAACACACGACCAGGAUAACGACGCUUAUAGUGGCUUUCACUGCGCAGUUAGAGAUGGCGGUCAUACUGGUUGGUGGUAUAAUAGCUGUGACUACGCUAACCUGAACCAGCCGUACAAGCAUGGCGGCGGGGGGACUCAUAGACAUGGUAUCAGUUGGUAUGCGUGGGCAGCUCACCGGUACUCCAUCAAGUCUUCUGUCAUGAAAAUCAGACCUGCUCCUUAGAAAUAACCAACUUAAACUUAACCCACGCCCUGAAGUUUGCAUCUAACAGCACACACGUUCAGCUAACAAAUUGUUUACUUAAGGUUAAGGUCCCUUUUGAGCUACCGUUAUGAAGAUUAAUUUCUGCUUUAAUUUGUUACUCCGGCUGGAAGAGUAGCUGUCCCAUUUACAGGUCAAAGCUGAAUGAGUCAAUAAAACAAUAAACAAUGCUGGGCCAAAGCUGUCAACAAUGCAAUGUUGACGACGGGC